CGUGGUUGGACUGCAACGAACUUGUUUUGUUGGAUUACAAAAUGGCUCGCACCAAGCAAACUGCUCGUAAAUCGACCGGAGGUAAAGCUCCUCGGAAACAAUUAGCCACCAAAGCAGCACGUAAAAGUGCACCUGCUACUGGUGGUGUGAAGAAGCCUCAUCGAUACAGGCCAGGGACAGUAGCUCUCCGUGAAAUUCGCCGUUAUCAGAAAAGUACGGAGCUGCUCAUUCGUAAACUGCCAUUCCAGCGUUUGGUUCGUGAAAUAGCUCAAGACUUCAAAACUGACCUUCGUUUCCAAAGUUCAGCUGUUAUGGCCUUACAAGAAGCUAGUGAGGCUUAUCUCGUUGGUUUAUUUGAAGAUACCAAUCUCUGCGCAAUUCAUGCCAAGCGAGUUACCAUUAUGCCCAAAGACAUUCAAUUAGCUCGCCGAAUCCGAGGAGAGAGAGCUUAACUUGACGAAACUUUUUAACAAUCGGCCCUUUUCAGGGCCACUAAUUAACUUUGACGAAGGAAUAAGUCUCGUUUGUACAUUUCUUUUUGUUUUCUACUGUUUUCUACUUUUUGUACUAAUUUUAUUAACUAAAAAUAUUGCGUAAAGAAUUUCUACUUUGUCGAAAAAUUUUACUUCAGUUUUCUGUAUUCAAACACGUUUAUCUGUCAUUCAAUAUUAAUCGAUGAUAACGUUACAUAGUUUAAAUGUUCUUUGUACGAUCUUUAACAUCAAUUUAUAGAAUACGAAUUAUAACAAA